CCAUAUUGACUUACAUCUGGAUGUUCUAUUGUAGCUACUUACGACCUUAGUGCUACAAGUUCAGUGGAAAUUUCCAGAACCAUUUUUUUGGCUGAUGCAACUUUAUGCAAAUGUCGCGUUCAAAAGAGAAAAAUCGCCUCUUGAAACCAACAAAAAGAGUUUUUUUAAUGGAAAGUAAUGCAGGGUAUGUUUUGUUUAUUGAUAAACAACCACAAUAAUUCUAUUGUCAAUAUCUUAGGUAACUUUUUCUCCUUAAAAGUGCACGAAACACCAACUACACGUUCAAAUCAAAUUUGCUAUCCUCGUAUGAUGAAACGCGUGACCAAUGUUGCCACACGAACUGCUAGUUGUAUAAAAGCGGUAAGUACAAUGUACGUGUGUUCAGUUCACGUUCGGUGUUGGGGUACUGAGUAGGUGUGUACGCACUGUCAUCUCAAUGAAGAUUCGCAAUCAAACUAUGUUUCUGAUCAACAAAAACCACAUGAAGCAUAAUGGGAAAACACUGGUGUUAACAUCAAGACGUACACACGAUGCUCAUUGGCGCUGGCGACAUAUCUACUGGUCAAAACACCUUACGAAGAGACACAUCUUUUGUCAUGGCAACGGGAAGGGGUUCUGUAGGGUCCCCCGCAUCAUCCAGUGACUCGGCAGGAGGAGAUUAUAACGUCUUCGAGACUGACUUUGACUUGUCGCCGCUCAUCAAGGAAGAAUUACGGACUACGAUCCGGAAUCGACGAAUCAACAGUGGCAAAUCGGACGAUUUGUCUUACGACGAUCCGCCCAAACCUCAGUAUAAGCUGACGAAGGAAGAGGAGGAGAAGCGGCAAUUGCGUCGGGAUCGGAACCGUAUCGCAGCGGCUAAGUGCCGACAGAAGAGAAAGUAUGAAAGCGAGGAAUUGUCUGUGGAGUCCGAUCAGUUGCAGUCUAGAAACGACAGACUCCGUACAGAGAUUGAAAAGCUGCAGAACGAAAAGAGAACGUUGCUUGAGCUGAUCAACUCCCAUCGGCCAUCUUGCAUCAUGGCGACAGGCAGUAGCCCGGAUGCUGCGCACAACAUUCACAAUGUAGCGUAUUCGGUCAGAUGACAUCACUAUCGUCUUGUUCGCGCAUGACAAAUGGCGUUAACUUUGCCAUUUCGUUUUACUAUAUCGAGAUAGGCCUAUGCAAUAUACUAACACAGAUUAUUUUCAGAAAUAAAGUAACUCUGGUUGUGACAUUAUUCGAUUCGAGUGCGGGUUACUAUAUUACUUAUUUUCUAAAAAUGAGGUAGAACAGACGGACGUGAUAUGAUAUUUUUGUGAAUAUUUACGGAAACAAAAUUAUUUAAUAAUGUACUCUAUACUAGUUACUCGGGUUUUAACUUUCUAUAAGAAACUGUACACAACAUUUUAUAAGUAACUGUACUUUGGUGUUUCGUGUAUUAUGACGGAAAAUUCUGCUUCUAAUAUUCUUGCAUGACCAAAAUCCUAUUGGACUUAAUUUGAUUGUUGAUAGUGAAAGUCUUAUCUCGUGGCAUGCAUUUCCUAUAUGCACGCUUUUACUAAACACCUUCAAACAGGGCCGGCUGUCAAUGUACGAGACUUGAUUUAAAAUUUGAACAUUGGCAAGUGUGAAACGACCAUUUUAAGGCCUCUCGGGUUAAGUUUCAUGGCCAGUACUAUAAAUAAUCAAACAAACAGGAAGGCGUCUUGAAGCCAACUUAGUGCUAACUAUAUAUUGUAUAUAUAUUGGAUAUGCAAAUCGGUCAGACAAAGACAGGAAACAUAGUAAAUCAGAAACGGAAAUUGAGGAUUAGCUUUCUUGGCAGUAGUGUGAUCAUCAUUAUUGUUAAAAUGUAAAUAUUUUGUAACAUUGAUCUUAAAUUAUGCAAGUUGUAGAGUUGAACCAUUAUUGUAAUUGUAUACAACCUCGUCGUUUUGCUCUGUUCUCCUCUGUUGUUGCGUUGCUUAGGAAUUUUAUGACGAAUCUGUUAAGUGAAAUUAUGCUUUUGACGUAUAAGAUUAUAGUUUAGCAAGCGCUGAUGUGUUCGGGCAAUUAAGGAGCUAAAGGUCUACUGCCUAAAUCUUACCAACAUUUUAAUCACUUUAUUUGGAAGCCUUUAAAUCGUUUUUCAAAAUAACAGAGUUAAGUAAACCUGUCAGAAAAUCAGUUAUUUUAGAGACUUUUGAAAAUAAGAGUUGAAAGGUUAUUUUAUUCUUGCUUCAGGUCUUGGCAUCACUUGUUAUGGCCUAUUCUGUAUUUGCAAACUCUCUGAGCAUAAAACGAUAUUAUGGGAGUUUUUUUCUAGGGUGUAUAGUCUAGUUCGCAUUUUGUAAUUAUUUAACUUGUAGCACUCGAUAAAAAAGUGUUUGUUGGAAAAUGUUUGGUAAUUUUGUAAUGGCCAGUUUGUUUCAAGAGUAUUCGGUACUGUGUUUGUAUUUAUUAAACUAAAUCUUUUAUUCAAAACGAUA